AUGCUUGGUCCUGGUUGCAACAACCUGGAGUUCAUCAACUUCAUUCCAACCAACCUGCACACUUGUUUGCAUGUCGAAGAGCGAUUUAUGGGAAUAGAUAACAUCAUCUUCAUGGAUAACCCGACCACCUCUUACCUCUGGAAAGAGGUUGUUGCGAGGUUUAAGACUGUGACUGGGCCGCAGGAUUUCGUUCUGGAGAAGGAUGCUGCAAAGCUACCUAAUUAUGUCACCGAUGAGGUGUUCUAUGAAGUGAUAGCACGAGAGGGGCGUUCAGAGGGACAACCUCAUUUUUCCGUGCCCUGUCGUGGUUCUCAUGGAAGAAAAUGCAACAUCAGCGUGGCGUUUUCUCCGCUCAAUACGACAGGUGCCGCUGCCACCUGUAGUGCUGGAGUUGGAGUGGUUUGGAAUGCAGAAGUGAAGCUUGCAGGAUCCAUCACAGGGCGUGUGACCCUUGCAGAGUUUGAAGACUAUUACCUGUUUAACGUUUCACCUCCAGGGGUCAGAAUAGAUCAAAUGGAAGCUGCAGCCUUUAGCUGUGAAUUCAACAUGGAUGGCGAGGUCUUGAUCGAAGGAGAGAUUGCGACAGGUGGGAACACGGUUGAAAGCAGAACAGGAAACCCUUGUCCACCUGGACACUUCUCUCUCCGUUUUCAGCUGCCCGGUUCUGUCUAUCCCAGACGUGCCAACUGCAACUUUCGCUCAGAUGGGAUUUUCGAAGGAAUUGUUAAGAAGCAGAUCAAAAAUUGA